UCCGGGGUCCUAUGUAUUAUAUAAAUACAUAGUACAUGGAAAACAUGAUUUGGGGCUAUUCGACGUUGAUCAUAUUAUUCUUCUCUGCAGCUGACACGCGUUUUCUCAAUCUUCCAUUCCUCCUCGCCCGGUUAGCUGUAGGGAUUACAUAUAUUUGACAAACCAGUUGAUCAUACAUCGCAUAGAAGCAAGAUGUGGGCUGCUUCAUGCCUAGCAUCAUGCUGCGCUGCUUGCGCUUGCGACGCGUGCCGGACGGUCGUGUCAGGGAUCAGUCGGCGCUCGGCUCGCAUUGCUUACUGUGGUCUCUUUGCGCUUUCGCUGAUUGUCUCGUGGAUUCUUCGCGAGGUUGCUGCUCCCCUCAUGGAGAAGAUUCCUUGGAUCAAUCAUUUUCACCAAACUCCAGAUAGAGAGUGGUUUGAGACAGACGCAGUAUUGCGAGUGAGCUUGGGAAAUUUCUUGUUCUUUACCAUGCUUGCCAUUUUUAUGAUUGGUGUGAAGAACCAGAAGGAUCCUCGGGAUAGUUUGCACCAUGGGGGCUGGAUGAUGAAAAUAAUUUGCUGGUGCAUUUUGGUGAUACUGAUGUUCUUUCUCCCCAAUGGGAUCGUGAGCUUCUAUGAGUCAAUUUCCAAGUUUGGAUCGGGAUUGUUCCUUCUCGUUCAAGUUGUACUUCUACUCGAUUUUGUUCAUGGAUGGAAUGACAAAUGGGUUGGAUAUGGUGAACAGUUUUGGUUUGUAGCAUUACUUGUGGUCUCACUUGUUUGCUACGUGGCAUCCAUUUUGUUCUCAGCCCUGCUCUUCUAUCUUUUUACCCCAUCCGGAGUUGAUUGUGGACUCAAUACCUUUUUCAUUGUGAUAACAUUGAUCUUCGUUUUUGUGUUUACUAUUGUCACAUUGCAUCCAUCAGUAAGCGGAAGCAUUCUGCCAUCUUCAGUUAUGUCUUUAUAUUGCAUGUACCUCUGCUACACUGGGCUUGCUAGUGAACCUAGGGAUUAUGAAUGCAAUGGUCUUCACAAGCACUCUAGAGCAGUUUCAACCAGUAGUCUUGGCCUUGGGCUGCUCACAACAGUUUUAUCUGUUGUAUAUUCUGCUGUCCGAGCCGGAUCUUCUACAACGUUGCUUUCUCCUCCAAGCUCUCCAAGAGCAGGUUCUGGAAAGCCAUUGCUACCAUUGGACAAGGCAGACGAGCAUUAUGAGGAGAAAGAGAAAGAGAAAGAAAAGUCUGUUACAUACUCGUAUUCAUUUUUCCACUUGAUCUUCUCCCUAGCUAGCAUGUAUUCUGCCAUGCUGCUGACAGGAUGGUCAACCUCUGUUGGAGAGAGCGGGAAGUUGGUCGAUGUAGGUUGGCCGUCCGUCUGGGUUCGUAUUGUAACUGGUUGGGCUACCGCUGCGUUGUUCAUCUGGUCCCUCGUUGCACCAGUCCUCUUCCCCGACAGAGAAUUCUGAUGAAACCAAUGUAAUCCAGACGGAUGUAAGCGUGUAGAUUAACUAUGACUUGGUUGUGCUGAUUUGUCGAUGGAACUUGUACUAUUUGGUUGUGCUUUCAUGUUGCUCCAGAUUUUUAUUUUGUUUGUAAAUAAGUACCAAGUAUUUGGCUUUAAAUAUAUGGAAUGGAAGUAUUAGAAAGUCU